AUGCACGCUUUGAGCUUGGGCUUCGCUGCCCUUCUUGCGCGCACUGUCGCCGCCGCCAGCUUCCUCCACACCUGCAACAAGAUAGCCGGCAAUAUCUCCGACGCCUCUGCCGUCUUCUUCCCCCCUGCGGCCACUUACGAGACCGACAUCUUCCACGUGUUCUCGAGCAGCUCGCAGAACUCGACCUGCAGUGUAGAGCCUGGCACUCCGCAAGAUGUCGCCAACAUUCUCAAGAUCCUGGGCCAGGACCGCGUCCCAUGGGCGGUCAAAUCUGGAGGGCAUGCCACGAACGAGGGCUGGAGCUCUACCCCCGGCGUUCAAAUCACUCUUUCGCGGUUCAACACGACCCAGUUCGAUCCCUCUACAGGGAUUGCAACGGUCGGAACCGGCCAGAUAUGGGACAAGGUGUACGCGGCGCUCGAGCCCUUCAACGUCUCCGUCGCGGGCAGUCGUAUCUCUGAUGUCGGCGUCGGAUUCAACCUUGGCGGUGGUUAUUCAUGGACCACUAAUCAAGUCGGACUCUCUUGCGACACGACCUUGGAGUACGAGCUCGUCACUCCGACCGGAAAAAUCCUCACGGUGAACAACGAGACGAGUCCCGACCUGUUCUUUGGUCUCAAGGGUGGAGGAAACAACUUCGGUAUAGUCACUCAGCUCAAGAUGACCACCAAGCCGCAGACUGCCGUCUUCGGCGGUCUCGUCGUAUUGAACUCUUCCGCGAUCCCGGCGAUACACGACGUGCUCGCUGCCUUUCAAGACAACAACACAGACCCGAAGGCUGCUAUAUCGGCGACCUACGGAUUCGAUCCGUCACAGGGCGGCGUCUUCGCGUCGUACUUCCUCUUUUAUGACGCACCGACUCCUCCCGAAGGUCUCUUUGACGCAUUAUUCGCCCUUCCAACCGCCUCCAACGGUCUUGCUACUCAAUCCUACGCUUCGCUCAUCAGCGCUCUUCAAGGUCCUCCGAGGUCUUCGCGCGCCAACUGGCGUUCCAUCUCGAUCAGGAACUACACGGCGCCCCUGUUGGCACAUAUCAUGGACCAGCUCGGGACCAACGGGCCUGACGUCUUCAACCACACCGGCAGUGCGCUCGAGUUCGGUAUCGAGCUCAUGCUCCCGACCAUCUUCUCCCACCACGCUGGUCAGCCCACGGCGUACGUCCAUGACCCCGACAACGUCGCCUUCCCUUCGCUCGUCAUUGCCAGCUGGGACGAUGUCUCCGAGGAUGCGCACAUCCAAGGUGUCUUGAAGGGGAUCGACGAGUCGGUCGUGGCCUUCGGCAAUUCCGAGGGCCAGAAUCUCAACAGCACGUUCUUGUACCCGAACUACGCCUCGUUCGAUACGCCCUCGGAACGCCUCUUCGGCGAUCAGAUCCCUCGUCUAAGGCAGAUUCAGCUCGAGGUCGACCCCACCGGGUUGACGAACCUCACCGGUGGAUGGAAGUUCCAGUGAGAGGGGACAUCUUUGAUUUCCCAGUGCAUUGUCAUCGCUAUUCUAUCGUUUCCAUCGCAUUAUAACAUCAUUUAAUAGUCAC